UGUGCCAGCGGUUGAAUGCAUCCCCAUUCGUGAGUACGAAAUAGAUGAACUGAACAAUAGCGACCAUUGAUGCCUACGUCGUGAUUUCUCAUAAUACCGUAACCUCUUCUUCGUGACUGAAACAAAAAUACAAAUACAAAUACAAAUUCAUAGACGAACAACUCCAAAAAAUGGGAGCGUCUGCAUUUUCCGAAAAGCUUGAUGAGAGAGGUUUGGAUUUCAAGUACGGUCAAUUUACUAUUUUCGCACCUAGCGACGAGCUUUUCGAGUCCAAAGUAUCAGAGCUCCAGUCKGAAGGCUAUUCGGAAGGAACUAUAAAUGACAUUCUGUUAUUUCAUGUCUCAGCAGAGGGGAUAAAGGGAAAUAUUGAAGAACACUGUAAUAUGGCUCUUCCAAUGUUGAACGAAGAACUUCAUGUGAACCAAGAAACUAGUACUACCCUAUGCAAUGGAGAAAAAAUAUACCAAGUUGGUCCUGGAAACGAUGGGUCGGGACGCAGGCCCAAAAUCGCUAGCGAAGGAAUGGAAGCCUGCGAUGGCGUUAUAUUUGCUAUUAAGAACGCGCUAAUGCUUCCAACACUUUCCAACGCCACAACUCCUGUAUCACCYACACCUUCACCAAAUGUUGAACCCACACCAAAUWUGAAACCAACACCUAAGCCAGUAGCGAUCGUCCCAACUGCAUCCCCGCCAACUCCAGUAUCUCCGAAUCAACCACAGUCAAGCUCUGGGAACAAGCUCCUAUUGACGAGUCAAUCGUUAGCCUUUGCAGUGUCUACUGCAAUUCUUCUCUCCUUUUGUUGAUCGUAGGGAGAAGACAGUGAUUACCAGAUACUGUUGUGUUUCCUACAAGAGGUAGUACAGAUUACCAUGAUACUGAAAUAAGAUUGUAAACUAUAUGGCUCGUAAUUUGUGUUUUAAAAUUUUACAAGAUCURUAACAACCCACAAAUGUCGUUGAAGGUUUUCUUCCGUAACGCAAACAAAUGCUAUUGGAUCAA